UGUACGUAUAAGUUGUUUUGUAUUUGCACUUGAUGAGAGAGCUGGAUUCCCAAAGUGGCACGAAAAAAAGGAGAAAAAGACUCAAAAAAUGGGGCGCAUGAUCAACAAUCAGCAUCUCCCCAGCUCAUCAGAAUCUGACCUUACUUCUUGUCCCUCUCUCUCUCUCUCUCUCUCUCUCUCUCCUCAACACUAGAAGGCCAUGUUACCACUAAAGCUGGUUCGCUCUCUGGUUUCCGGCGAUGAUGUCACGAACCCCCUUUUCCUCUGCAUCCACCACCACAAUCUCGAACACGAGAGCGACGACAACGAGGAUCCCACUCUCUCGAGAAACAAAACCCCAUUGAUGCUCUUCCUCCCCAAUCAAGAAUUGGUUAGAGACACAUACAGAUUGGCCUCCAUUGCUAGAGCCAUCGGAAUGGAUCUCCAACCCAACCCUUCUCUCUCCCACAUCAUCUUCUCAUGGCCAUCGCCGCCGCCGCCCCAGUCAUGCACGUUGUCGUCCUCAUCAACAUCACCACAUUCAUGGGCUUCAUCGUCUGCACCGUCAUCAUCGCUGUCGUAUUCAUGGUCGCUGCCAGAUGGCAGCGUGCCGCUACCGUUCCCCUCCUUCGCCACCGCGUCCCUCUCCCACCUCCGCCUCUUCGUCAGCCUCUCCAAGGGCUACUUCAAGCUGGCCUUCUUGAAAAACGGCUGCACCCCUCUUGAAAAAAUCGAAUCUUUCAGCAAUAAUAACUGGCAUUGCACCUCGCUUUCGCUCUUCGCCGCAAGCACCGGCGAGCGCGUUGAGUCCAUGGAUGGAUUUUCGAGGGCCUUGCUUGGGAAGGGGUGGGCCCUUUUCAAGACUAAUUGUGGUAGCGAGAGAGAUUUUCAAGAUUCUACGGAGAGGGAAUUAUAUUUGUAUAAAAAGUUGGAUGCGAGUAGGAUUUGUAGAAAUGGGGAUUUGAGGGAAUGCAGUAGGGCCAGAGAGUUGAGGCUGCCGGCAUUGGAUUUUAGGAAUGCGCCAUUGAGGAUUUUGCAGUAUAUUCUUCUCAUGACUGACGAUGUCUUCUACCUUGCCUAGCAAUAGCAAUUCAAGACAUGAGAGGUAAUAGAAGCGCCCAGGUGAACUUGAUGGCCCAUAGGCAAAUUGCAGGUCACUUUGUUGGCAAAUAUGUAAAGAAAUUGAGUUCACCUCUCAUUGAGACUUUAUUGCUAUGGCGCGGAAUGAUGAUAGAUAUGAGUUCACCUCUGUAUGCUCAGCUACUAAUUGUGCUAUAAGAAGUAGAGAGAGAUCUGGUUGAGUGGUGAUCCCAGGAACUUCGGUCUGUACUCUGGCAUAUAAAUGAAGGGAUGGAAGAGGGUUACGUUCACCAUGAAAUGACUCGGAACUUGGAUCUCAGUCUGUUUGAGAUUGCUCAUUAUAAUCAUGACCAAGGAUGUUUUCGUGCAAGCCAGGGAUAAGGAAUGAAUAAACAGAACCGGUCCUCGCAGAUGACUGAUGUUUCAAAAUGUAUGAAUUCUGCUUUAGAUUGUUAUUGAGAUAUAGAUUAGCUACUGCUGGGAAAUAAAAUUGAUCUUGCAAAGCAUGUACGAAGUUAUAGUGUGUUUUGCUGCUUUAUACAGUUGCUGCAUUUAGCUUACAAUGUCUUGCAAUUCUACAAGUUGGAUUGAAUUUGUUCUACUUUACAAA